AUGAUCCUAGAGGAUGAUGUAAUAGCGAAUAUUAAUCGUAAACUGUUUGAGAGACUACUUUCGGACAGAAGCUUCAAAGUUCACCUUAACGGUGAAAUAAGUAAAAAGAAAAUUCUUCAAAAUGGUUUGCCACAAGGUUCAAUUCUAUCUCCCAUUGUUUUCGACGUGUAUACGGCGGACAUUAUAAGAACAAAUUCUAGAAAAUUCAUUUAUGCAGAUGACAUCGGUAUUGUAAAGCAGGGAAAAACAUUUGAAGAA